GCCGGGGUCUUCAUGGUGAUUUUUGCGUAUAACAGAAUUCAGUAUUUACAUCGAGGUUGUGACAUCCAAAUCUUGCACUUUGAUAUCAAGCCUCAUAAUAUUCUUCUCGAUGAAAAUUUCAAUCCCAAAAUUUCUGAUUUUGGCCUUGCAAAAUUACGUGCUGCUGAUGAUAGUAUUGUGACUAUGACUGCUGCAAGGGGAACUUUGGGUUACAUGGCUCCCGAAUUGUUUUACAAAAAUAUUGGCGGUGUUUCAAAUAAAGCAGAUGUGUAUAGUUUCGGGAUGUUGCUGCUGGAAAUGGCAGGGCAAAGGAAAAAUUUGAAGCCAAUGGUGGACCAAAUUAGCCAGAUAUACUAUCUUUCAUGGAUCUAUGAUCAAAUAAGCAACGGAAAGGAGAUCGAAAUGGAAGAUGCCAGUAAGGAUGAAAGGAAGUUGGCAAAGAAGAUGAUCAUUGUAGCAAUGUGGUGUAUACAAAUGAAACCAAGUGACCGUCCUUCAAUGAACAAAGUUCUCGAAAUGCUGGAAGGAGACACUGGACUUCUGGUGAUGCCUCCUAAACCUUUAAUCUGUCCACAAUAGACUCCAAUCGAGGAUCCAUAACUCCGUCAAAUGUCUUCAAACUUUUGUGUGAUAUCGUAGUUUAUUUAAGAAUCACAACUAGAUGUCUUUAAAUUGUGAUAUUCUGUAGCCCAAAUAAUUUGUAGAGCAAUUCAGUAGCAACACAUAUGUUUUCUGGAUCAGUAAUAAU